GUUUCCGCCGGCCGCGCGCAGCCGUUGUCCCGGCAACGCACGGCGGCGCGACGGCUCCGCCGGGUGUAUACAUUGGCAGACUACUUUGUCCUGUCGUGGAGACGGAGAGCAGGUGUGAAGGAGAGCGGUAGCGCCCGUUUCUGAGCCGACGCUGCCCGUCCCGCGUUCAGGUUUCGGCUUUGCCUAGGUCUGAGUUUCAUCAUGGCGCUCUAUUUUGACCACCGAAUAGAAGCCCCAGACUCUGCCGGGUCUCCUUCGCACAUCCACUGGCACCCCGUUCAUCCAUUCCUGGCGGUGGCCUCUGUCAGCACGACCUCAGGAGGCAGCGUGGGCAUAUACCUGGAACAAGGCGAGCACGUGCCUGAUACACACGUGGAGAGGUCCUUUCGGGUCACUUGCCUGUGCUGGCACCCGACGCGCCUGGUGCUCGCUGCCGGGUGGGAGACCGGAGAAGUGACGGUGUUGAACAAGCAGGACAGGGAGCAGCACGCGGUGCCCCCCACACACACCUCCGACAUUACCGUCCUCGAGUGGAGCCCCAGCGGGAACUGCCUCAUGUCUGGGGACAGGCUCGGUGUCCUGCUCUUGUGGAGGUUGGACCAAAGGGGUCGAGUGCAAGGGACGCCGCUGCUGAAACACGAUCACGGGAAACCCCUAACUCACUGCAUCUUCCGGGUCCCCCCUCCUGGCGAGGACCUCGUUCAGUUGGCGAAGGCGGCUGUGAGCGGUGAUGAGAGAGCCCUGGACAUGUUUAACUGGAGGAAAAGUAGCUUUGGAAGUUUCCUGAAAAUGCGAUCUCAAGAGGGGCUAUCCUUCUUUGUCAGCUUGAUGGAUGGGACGGUGCACUACGUGGAUGAGAAAGGCAAGACCACCCAGGUGGCUUCCACAGAAAGCUCUGUCCAGACUCUCUUCUACAUCGAGAAAAAGGAGGCCCUAGUGGUGGUCACGCAGAACCUGCUGCUGUCCCUGUACGCGGUGAGGCCCGAGGGCGAAGCAGAGGAAGUGAUGAAGGUCAAGUUGAGUGGGAAGACAGGUCACCGGGCAGACAUCGCCCUGAUUGAAGGCAGCGUGCUUGUGACUGCCGUGGGGGAGCCCGUUCUCAGAUUCUGGGACUUAGAAGGUGGAGAGAAUUACGUGCUGAGUCCAGAGGAGAAGUCCGGUUUCGAAAAAGCUGAAAAUAUAAACUGUGUUUCUUACUGUAAAGCCAAGGGUCUUCUGGCAGCGGGGACCGAUAAAGGGCGAGUAGCCAUGUGGAGAAAACUGCCAGGCCUUCAGAGCAGCCGAGAGGCAGAGGGCAAGGACAGGUGGACACUUCAGACCCCCACUGAGCUUGAAGGCAACAUCACACAGAUAAAGUGGGGCUCCCGGAAGAACCUCCUGGCUGUGAACAACAUCAGCUCCGUGGUGAUCCUCCGCGAGCAGGCCAUGUCCUCACACUUCCACCAGCAAGUGGCCGUGGUGCAGAUGUCCCCAAGCUUACUCAGCGUGUCCUUCCUGUCCACGGGGGUGACGCACAGCCUGCGCACAGACACGCACGUCAGCGGGGCGUUCGCCACCAAGGAUGCCAUUGCUGUCUGGAAUGGGAAACAGGUGGUGGUCUUCGAGCCUUCUGGAACCACGUUACGGACUGCAGGAACCUUCCUGUGCGAGUCUCCCGUGUUAGCCAUGUAUGAGGACAAUGUGUACACCGUGGAGCCAAACCGAGUUCAAGUUCGAACCUGGCAGGGGACCGUGAAACAGCUCCUACUGUUCUCCGAGGCAGAGGGGAACCCAUGCUUCCUUGACGUCUGUGGAAAUUUCCUGGUUGUGGGGACAGACCUGGCUCACUUUAAAAGCUUUGAUCUUUCCCGAAGGGAGGCGAAGGUGCACUGCGGUGACAAGAACCUGGCGGCACUGAUCCCGGGUGCUGUGGCCGUGGCCUCGCUCAGGUGUAACGCCAGCGGCAGCAAGAUCAGCAUCCUCCUCAGCAAGGCAGACAACAGCCCCGACUCCAAAAUCUGCUUCUAUGAUGUGGAAAUGGACACGGUGACCAUCCUCGACCUCAAGACGGGGCAGAUUGAUCAGAGGGAGACAUUGUCCCUCAACGGCCAAGAGACCAAGAAGAGCCACGCCUUCAUGGAUGAGAAGUUGAUGGAUCUCAUCCCUGUGAACCAUUUCUGGGACCAGAGCGAGCCCAGGCUGUUUGUGUGCGAGGCCGUGCGGGAGGCGCCGGGAGACCAGCAGCAGCCCAGGGACAAGAAGCCACCCACUGAAGACAGUCCCAGCCCCACGGCGGACGUGAUGAUUCUGUCCUUCUUCGUGACGGAGGAGCACGGCUUCUUGCUCCAGGACAGCUUCCCCCGGCCUCCCGCCUACCAGAAUCUUCUGGGGAUUGAAGUGCCUCAUUAUUACUUCACGAGAAAGCCAGGAGAAGCAGACAGAGAAGAGCAGGGGGACUCAGGUUGCCCGUGCGUGGGCAGGAGACCCCUACGAGACUUCGUCGGGCUGGAGGACUGUGAUAAGGCCACGCGGGACGCCAUGCUUCACUUCAGUCUGUUCGUCACCGUCGGAGACAUGGAUGAAGCCUUCAAGUCUAUCAAACUCAUCAAAAGUGAGGCGGUCUGGGAGAACAUGGCGCGCAUGUGCGUGAAGACCCAGCGGCUGGACGUCGCCAAGGUGUGCCUAGGGAACAUGGGCCACGCGCGUGGAGCACGUGCACUGCGGGAGGCUGAGCGGGAGCCGGAGCCGGAGGCCAGGGUGGCCAUGCUGGCCAUCCAGCUGGGUAUGCUGGAGGAUGCGGAGCAGUUGUAUAGGAAGUGCGGGCGCUACGACCUCGUGAACAAGCUGUACCAGGCCUCUGACCAGUGGCAGAAGGCCGUGGAGGUCGCGGAGCUCCAUGACCGUAUCCACCUGCGGGCCACCUACUACAACUACGCCAGGCACCUGGAGGCCAGCACUGACCGCGGUCUGGCCCUCAGCUACUACGAGAAGUCAGACACCCACCGCUUCGAGGUGCCCAGGAUGCUGUCGGAGGACCUGCAAUCGCUGGAGAUGUACAUCAGUAAGAUGAAGGACAAGACCCUGUGGCGGUGGUGGGCCCAGUACCUGGAGAGCCAGGCCGAGAUGGACGCGGCGUUGCGCUACUACGAGCUGGCGGAGGACUACUUCUCCCUGGUCCGCAUCCACUGCUUCCAGGGCAACAUUCAGAAGGCUGCUGAGAUCGCCAACGAGAGCGGCAACUGGGCAGCGUCCUACCACCUGGCCCGCCAGUACGAGAGCCAGGAGGAGGUGAGGCAGGCGGUGCACUUCUACUCGCGGGCGCAGGCCUUCAACAAUGCCAUCCGCCUCUGCAAGGAGAAUGGCCUGGAUGACCAGCUCAUGAACCUGGCCCUGCUGAGCUCGCCCGAGGACAUGACCGAGGCAGCGCUCUACUAUGAGGACAAGGGCGAGCACAUGGACAGGGCGGUCAUGCUGUACCACAAGGCUGGCCACUUCUCCAAGGCCCUGGAGCUGGCCUUUGCCACCCAGCAGUUCGUGGCCCUGCAGCUCAUAGCAGAGGACCUGGACGAGCGCUCAGACCCCGCCCUGCUGGCCCGCUGUUCUGACUUCUUCAUUGAGCACAGCCAGUACGAGAAGGCGGUCGAGCUGCUGCUGGCCGCAAAGAAGUACCACGAAGCUCUGCAGCUUUGCCUGGAGCAGAACAUGACCAUCACCGAGGACAUGGCGGAGAAGAUGACUGUGUCCAAGGAUUCCAAGGACCUGUCGGAGGAGUCUCGGCGCCAGCUGCUGGAGCAGAUCGCCAACUGCUGCAUGCGCCAGGGCAGCUACCACCUGGCCACCAAGAAGUACACGCAGGCGGGGAACAAGCUGAAGGCCAUGAGAGCACUGCUGAAGUCUGGGGACACGGAGAAGAUCGUGUUCUUCGCGGGCGUCUCGAGGCAGAAGGAAAUCUACAUCAUGGCCGCCAACUACCUGCAGGCCCUCGACUGGCGGAAGGAGCCAGAGAUCAUGAGGAACAUCAUCAGCUUCUACACCAAGGGCCGGGCCCUCGACCUGCUGGCCGGCUUCUACGACGCCUGUGCCCAGGUGGAGAUCGACGAGUACCAGAACUACGACAAAGCCCACGGGGCGCUGACGGAGGCCUACAAGUGCCUGUCCAAGGCCAAGGCCAAGAGCCCCCUGGAUCAAGAGACCAAGCUGGCUCAGCUGCAAAGCAAGAUGACGCUGGUGAAGCGGUUCAUCCAGGCCCGCAGGACGUACGCCGAGGACCCCAAGGAGGCGGUCCGGCAGUGUGAGCUGCUGCUGGAGGAGCCCGAGCUGGACAGCACCGUCCGCAUCGGGGACGUCUGCGGCUUCCUGGUGCAGCACUUCCUGCAGGCCGAGGACUUCCAGACGGCCUACAGGUACCUGGAGGAGAUGCGGAAGCGGGUGCCGCCUGCCAACAUGUCCUACUACGUGAGCCAGCGGACCGUGGACGCCGUGCACCAGGGCCUGGGCCUCCCCCUGGUGCGCACCAUGCCUGAGCGCAUUUGCCGCAGCAGCGUGGACGACCGCAAGGAAGUAGACGAGGAGGUGCUGGAGGAGGUGGAGAGUGAGCCCUGACAGCCGCUGCUACGAGCUCCUCUGGAACCUUCCGGGGUUGGUAGCAGGAGCCUGACCUUGGUGAGAUGAAAACUGGUAUUUGGCUCUCUAGGGCACUGGCCGUCCUGCUUAGAAGGGGCCAGCGUGGUCCUCCGGCAUUCCUGGCCCCUGUGGUCCCUUUACCAGGAAGGGAUUUGGCUCAUUUUUUCCCAUGACAGUCUCCCAAGUACAGACUGUAAAGCCUAAAAUGUUAGAAUUUGAAGGACUGUG